UAUCAUUUAUAACAAACUGUACCAUCACAUAAUUGAAAUUAUACGCAUUUGUACCCUCAUGUUACCGUUGUUUGGUAUAUAUAAGUACAGCUACUAGCAAUUCUCUUACCAGAAGCCAAGUAAAAAAAUGGAUGAAAGUCUAACAAAAGUUCCUUUCUUCCUUACUGUUGUCUUUUGCUUCCUUCCCUUGUAUGUUCAGUCGCAGUGCAAAAAAAAUCCGGUAGUGUUCACCUUUGGAGACUCCAAUACCGACACCGGUGCAUAUUUUUCCGGCUUGGGUAUGCUUUUUGGAGCUCCCAACGGACGUACAUACUUCAAUAAGCCAUCUGGCCGGUUGUCGGACGGACGUUUAGUCAUUGAUUUCCUAUGUGAAAGUUUGAACAUUAAUUACUUAACACCAUAUCUUCAACCCCUGGGGCCUAAUUUCAAGUAUGGAGUUAAUUUUGCCUUUAGUGGUGCAGCCACUUCUCCUAGAUUUAAACCUUUUAGCUUGGACGUUCAAAUUCUUCAGUUCAUUCACUUCCGAACUCGCUCUCCUGACCUAUUAUCACAAGGAUACAAAGACUUGAUCAGUGAGGAAGACUUCGAAGAUGCACUGUACAUAUUUGACAUUGGACAGAACGAUUUGGCUGCUUCAUUUGAAUAUCUUUCACAUGAAGAAGUUAUGAGAAAAAUCCCAUCUAUUAUUGAAGAAAUAGACUACGCUAUCCAGGAUAUAUAUGAUCAUGGAGGGAGGAACUUCUGGGUACACAACACAGGGCCAUUAGGUUGUUUGCCUCGAAUACUUAGCAUAACUGAGAAGACUGCUAGCGAUUUUGACGAACAUGGUUGCCUUCAGCCUAUUAAUAAUGCUGCUAAGGAAUUUAAUCAGCAGUUGCACGAUUUAUGCGUACAACUUAGAACUGAAUUAGAAGAUAGCAGUAUUGUAUAUGUGGACAUGUAUUCCAUCAAAUACGAUCUAUUCGCCAAUCCCGCUACUUAUGGGUUUGUGAAUCCAUUAAUGGCGUGCUGUGGGUAUGGUGGAGCACCAUACAACUAUAAUCGCAAUAUAACAUGUGGGAAAAGUGGGCAUAAUGUGUGUGGUGAAGGAUCAAAAUACAUAAACUGGGAUGGAGUUCACUACACAGAAGCUGCCAAUGCAAUUGUGGCAUCCAAAAUACUCUCUAGCAAUUACUCUUCUCCUCAAACCAACUUUAAUUUCUUUUGUAAUACAUGAAAAGGAUUGUAAACCUUCUUCCUCUUAUUGUAGCUUAUACUUUCUGAAAUCUUCCUUUUGUAAUAACAAAUAAUUUCCGCAUUGUAAUAAAAAAAAAAAAAAAAAAUACUAAAGAUGAGUUCAAAUA